AUGUCGACCGAUACUUUCCACGGAUGGGCUUGCGCAGGCAAAGACCAACCCCUUGAAUGGCGUGAAUUUCAACUCAAGACCUUUGAAGACGAUGACAUCGAAAUGGAUAUCUCACAUUGUGGUAUCUGUGGUUCCGAUAUUCAUACUCUUGACAGUGGAUGGGGCCCCACCGAAUACCCAUGCGUUGUUGGUCACGAGAUUGUCGGUGUUGUGACCAAGGUUGGAAAGAACGUUAAGCAAUUCAAGGUCGGCGAUCGUGCUGGUGUAGGUGCUCAAAGUGGCAGCUGUCAAGAGUGCGACAACUGCAAAAACGGCAGCGAGAACCUUUGUCAACGUAAGGUGGUGUUUACUUACAAUGAUCGCUGGACAACAACCAACGACAAGACCUUUGGUGGCUAUGCCAACAAGUGGCGUGGUGACAACCGCUUUGCAUUCAAGGUUCCCGAUAACAUGUCAAAUGAAAUUGCUGCCACAUUUUUCUGUGCCGGUGUCACCACCUAUGCUCCUCUUAAGCGAUACGGCGUUACCAAAGGCAGCAAGGUUGGCGUCAUUGGUUUAGGCGGUCUUGGCCACUUUGGCACUCAAUUUGCCAAGGCCAUGGGUGCUGAAGUUGUGGUGAUUUCAAGCUCGGACCGUAAGCGUGAGGAUGCCAAGGCUUUGGGUUGUGAUGAUUAUGUUGUAUCCAGCGACGUUGAAGGCAUGAAAAAGCACGCUGGCACCUUUACCCAUAUUCUCUGCUGCAGCUUUGGCAACAACUUUGAUUGGGGUCUUUUCCUUUCCAGCAUCGCUUUCAACGGCCACUUCAUUAUGGUUGCUUUACCAGAGGAGCCUCUUGCUGGUAUCCCAGCAGGUUUGCUUGCUGUAAGACAAGUCACCAUCGCUGGUAGUUUCAUUGGAAGCCCAAAGGACAUUGAAGAAAUGUUACAAUUUGCAGCCGACACUGGUGUGAAGCCUUGGAUUAACAAGUAUCCUAUGAAGGAAGCUCCUGCAGCUGUACAAGCCAUGCGAGAUGGCAAAGCUAGAUACCGCAUUGUUUUAGAGAACUAG